AUGAUCCGGUCGAAACUGACUGAGUACCUGUCGCGAGCUGAGCAAUUGAAAGAUCAUUUAGAGAAAGCAGAGACCAAGAAGGGCUCGACAGGUGAAGCGUCUGCUGGUAGUGGCAGUACUAAGGCUAAGAAAGGGUCAGGUGGAGGUGGUGGUGGCGAUGAUGAUGACGAUAACGAUACAAAGAAACUGCGAAAUGCGCUUCAAGGAGCCAUUCUUUCAGAAAAGCCUAAUGUUCGGUGGGAGGAUAUCGCCGGUUUAGAAGGAGCCAAGGAAGCACUUAAAGAAGCUGUGAUUCUGCCUGUGAAAUUCCCACAUUUGUUUACAGGAAAACGGAAACCCACAUCAGGUAUUCUAUUGUAUGGACCUCCAGGAACAGGAAAAUCGUUUCUUGCCAAGGCAGUAGCCACUGAGGCUAAUUCGACGUUUUUUUCUGUGUCGUCGUCUGAUCUAGUUUCAAAGUGGAUGGGUGAAAGUGAACGGUUAGUCAAGCAACUGUUUAACAUGGCACGAGAAAACCGACCUGCUAUUAUUUUCAUUGAUGAGGUCGAUGCUUUAUGUGGACCACGAGGAGAAGGCGAAUCUGAAGCUUCACGACGAAUCAAGACCGAGUUGUUGGUACAAAUGAACGGAGUUGGUAACGACUCGGGCGGAGUGCUGGUGCUUGGAGCUACUAAUAUUCCUUGGCAACUGGACGCUGCUAUUCGACGUCGUUUUGAGAAGCGAAUUUAUAUUUCGCUACCUGAUGUUGAAGCCCGAACAAGAAUGUUUGAAUUGAAUGUCGGCUCCACUCCGACCACGUUACAAUCGUCCGAUUACCGACUACUGGCGGAAAUGACUGACGGGUAUUCGGGCCACGAUGUGGCUGUGGCAGUUCGAGACGCUUUAAUGCAACCCAUUCGUAAUAUCCAGAACGCGACUCAUUUCAAAGAAGUAGCCCCUGCUAGUUCUGGUCAACGAAAGCUGACUCCCUGUUCACCUGGCGAACCUGGAGCCAUCGAAAUGAACUGGAUGCAGGUCGAAACCGACGAACUCGAAGAACCUCCACUGACCAUCAAAGACUUCAUCAAAGCCAUCAAAGCCACCCGGCCGACCGUCAACGGCGACGACAUCACCAAACAGGUCGACUUCACCAACGACUUUGGCCAGGAAGGAAACUAG